AUGACAAUUCGGAGCCCCGACGGAGCCUUUACCAGCGAAUCACUCUUCGACUCACCAUCGGAGGCUGCUUUCUACAUCUCCAACAUCACCGAGUGGAGGAAGGACAUUCCCACGCCGCUUGGCUCUGGACAGGACUUUUCUUUCUCUUCAGACUUCCAGGACAUGCAAAGCUCUGAGCACUUUGAAUUCAAGGACACUGCCUCCCAGUGCAGCAUGGACAGCGCAUACCAGAGUCAGACUAGCGCAAGCCGGCGCGGAACCAAGAGACCACAGCCAUACCCCCAGGACACUCAGAGCACGAUGGGUGCUCAUUUUGUCGGCAGCGACAUUUACUCGCCUUCAAUGAGCUCAGACAGCUACAACGCCUUCCAAGACAUGAACCAGAUGCAACUUCCCGCUGCCUGGGAUACCCAGAAUGGAUCCAUGGGAUUUGCUAACUACUCUACUGGGCAGGAUUUCUCCCUCUACCCAACCUCGAACAUCUCGCAAUUCAACCCUACAUCUGCUGUCAACGUCUGGGGCCCUGUAGCUGCCCCCUACAACUUCACAUCUUACUCCACAGAAUCGAACGAGACGAUGUUCAACACAGCAGCACCGGUCCAGCGUCAGUGGAACAACGUGCGCCCAGCUCCUGUACGCAGUUCGUCGUCCUACUUCACACAGCAAGCUGCAAGGCGGACACCGUCGCACGAUGCUAGUUUCAACGCUUUCGUUGCUUCCCCAACCAGCACAGCUAGCGUUCAGCUUCAUCAAGCUGGUGACUUUGAGCAGACACAAUACGUCGACCAGAGAAACGAGACAGAGGACAGCACCUCUACCUCCCUCGCACCACAGUCUUUGACUGGUCAUGAAGAUGUUCAGUCUCCCAUUGACGCGGCCGAAGCCAAGCUCGAGGAGGAGCGCACCAAGGUUGCUCGAAGCCACGUUCUCUACCAGCAAGGACCCGACAAAGACGGCAAGUACCAUUGUCCUGAGGAGGGCAAGCCUGGCUGCACCCACAAGCCUACCCCGCUGAAGUGCAACUACGACAAAUACGUCGACUCGCAUUUGAAGCCAUUCCGCUGCAACAAGAAGACUUGCGUUGGCGUUCAAUUUUCCUCUACUGCAUGUUUGCUCCGUCAUGAACGUGAGGCGCAUGGCAUGCACGGUCACGGUGCCAGGCCCCAUCUUUGCCACUUCCAAGACUGCGAGCGUGCUGUGCCUGGACACGGCUUUCCUCGUCGCUACAACCUUUUCGACCACAUGAAGAGGGUGCACCAGUUCGAUGGUCCAACCACUGAGCCUUCCCCUCCCAUGCAAGGUCAGAUGCCGCGCAAGCCUGUCUCGCGCAAGCGCAAGGCUUCAGCAGAGGACAUCACCGAGAAGCGUAGCAAGGUCAUCAAGCUUACUGCCGAGCAACAGCUCCAGCAGCGCCGCGACCAGCUGACGCAGGAUUUCCUCAUCAAAAAGCAGCAUAUCGUUGAUUUUUUGACCAACCUUGCUGGUCCCAACGAGUUGUCUGACGAUCUCAAGCUCAGCCAAGACGUUAUGGCGUUGCACGACAUCAGUACAAAGUUCAGGAGCAGCUUGGGCGGCUGA